CAUAUGACUUCAUUCAGUAACAAAUAAUUAUAGCUGGUACAUACGGUAUCUGUAAAAGUUUAAAUUAAUAUGGAAGACCCUCGUAAACGAGAUCUUAAGAAAUUGAUACAUUUGUUUUGCUCCUUGAAUCAGAGCAAUGGAUUUCAUACGCAGCAGAUCAUGUUUGAAGACAGACGGCUUUAUAAGAGUAAUCUUAAUGGCGAAGUGGUCCAUAAGAAAUUAGAACAUUUGGAAAAUAUUUGCGAUUUUCAGAACCUACAAAAGGAAACUCAACGGAAGCUUAAAAAUUUGAAAGAUACAAUUCAAAAGUUUUUAGACCUGAAUGAAGACCUGAAGGAUACCAAGGAAUACAAAGAGGCGACUAGACUUAUUGAGGAGCAUGUGGCUAUAGAACAGAACCGAGUCAAUAACGAUAUAGAGGAAAUUGGAGUGCCUUAAACGCACUUCAAGCCAACUGUCUUUAUAUUUGGCGAAUUAGAAUGAUUUAUUUAAAACAAACUUUCAAAAUCGAUUGUUUAGCCGGUUUGCUUUGAAGUCAUUGUGCACAAAGCGUAUAACUCAAAAUAAAAUAUUUCAAAA